AUGUCGGCAGGCGAGUUUUACCUGGUGGGGAUGACCCUGAGAAAUAUUGAGUUUGAAACAAGCGAAGAUGUCGAGGUUACUCCCACAUUUGAUUCCAUGGGUAUCAGGGAAGAACUUCUGAGGGGAAUAUAUGCUUAUGGAUUUGAAAAACCAUCUGCUAUUCAACAGAGAGCUAUUAAACCCAUAGUGAAGGGCCGAGAUGUUAUUGCUCAAGCUCAGUCUGGUACUGGAAAAACUGCUACAUUUUCCAUCUCCAUUCUGCAAUGCCUGGAUACCCAGGUGCGAGAAACGCAGGCAUUGGUUCUCUCGCCUACUAGAGAACUGGCCACACAGAUACAGAAGGUUAUCCUAGCUCUGGGGGACUACAUGAGUGUGCAGUGUCAUGCCUGUAUUGGUGGCACAAACAUUGGGGAGGACAUCCGCAAGCUGGAUUAUGGUCAACAUGUUGUCUCUGGCACACCAGGGAGGGUCUUUGAUAUGAUUCGGCGCCGAAGUCUCCGCACUCGAUCUAUCAAGAUGCUUAUUCUGGAUGAAGCAGAUGAAAUGUUAAAUAAAGGGUUUAAGGAGCAAAUAUAUGAUGUCUACAGGUAUUUGCCCCCAGCCACACAGGUUCUCCUUAUAUCUGCUACCCUACCCCACGAGAUCCUAGAGAUGACAAACAAGUUCAUGACCGACCCAGUCAGGAUCCUGGUCAAACGUGAUGAGUUGACAUUGGAAGGGAUCAAGCAGUUCUUUGUCGCAGUGGAGAGAGAAGAGUGGAAGUUUGACACCCUUUGUGAUCUGUAUGAUACUCUGACAAUCACACAGGCAGUUAUAUUCUGCAACACCAAGAGAAAGGUGGAUUGGCUGACAGAGAAGAUGAGGGAAGCUAACUUCACUGUGUCCUCCAUGCAUGGUGACAUGCCACAGAAGGAGAGAGAAGCCAUUAUGAAACAGUUCAGAGCUGGUGAAAGUCGAGUUUUGAUUACCACAGAUGUUUGGGCAAGAGGAAUUGAUGUUCAGCAGGUCUCGUUAGUCAUUAAUUACGAUCUGCCUAACAACCGUGAGUUGUACAUCCAUAGGAUUGGUCGCUCUGGUCGAUUUGGCAGAAAGGGUGUUGCUAUCAAUUUUGUGAAGAAUGAUGACAUCCGGAUCUUGAGGGAUAUUGAACAGUACUAUUCUACACAGAUUGAUGAGAUGCCAAUGAAUGUUGCUGAUUUGAUCUGAAGAGCGAGAUCUGUAGACACAACAUGCAUAUAGAGGAGGCGCGUGACUGUCACUGUGGUGGACACAUGAAGGCUGUCAGUGGCCUGAUGGAUCACUGACAGCCAGCUGUCAUUUACGCUUGCUGAGAAGUUUUACCGAAGAUGCCAGUUUUAGCUGUCCUUCGUCAGGAAGUUCUACAAACAUUUUGUGUUCGUCUUACUUGUCCAAUACUAUCAUGGUCCAGAACAUUCUUGAACUUGUGAAAUGUUUGAAGUGUUUACUUCGCUUUAUCAGUGUCUUUAUAAACAUCCACUUGUAAAUUAUCAUCCAGUUCUUUUUUUUUUAAAUGUCCUUUAAUGCAAAUAAAUGUUUUAAUCCUAAUAAG